AGGUGCUCCAAUGAACCACCCAGGGAGCGAGGACGAAGUGAAGGGAGAUGAAGCAGCAGCGAAGCGGCUUCGUCGCGAGGACACCCAUGUCUGUGAGAAAUGCUGUGCAGAGUUCUUUAGCAUCUCAGAGUUCUUAGAACAUAAGAAAAAUUGCACUAAAAACCCACCUGUGCUCAUCAUGAAUGACAGUGAGGGGCCAGUGCCUUCUGAAGACUUUUCUGGAGCUGUGCUUAGCCACCAGCCACAUAGUCCAAGCAGUAAGGACGGUCACAUGGAGAACAGUGGCAGCUCAGGGGACCUGAAAGAGAAGCCAGGGUCGGAGUCUGUAGUAUACUUAAAGACAGAGGCGGCCUUGCCACCCACACCGCAGGACAUAAGCUAUUUACCCAAAGGCAAAGUUGCAAACACUAAUGUGACUUUACAAGCACUACGGGGCACCAAGGUGGCCGUGAAUCAGCGGAGCGCCGAUGCUCUGCCAGCCCCCCUGCCCGGUGCCAACAGCAUCCCAUGGGUCCUUGAGCAAAUCCUGUGCCUACAGCAGCAGCAGCUACAGCAGAUCCAGCUCACGGAGCAGAUCCGCAUCCAGGUCAACAUGUGGGCCUCCCACGCCCUCCACUCUGGCGUAGCGGGCGCUGACACCCUGAAGACGUUAGGCAGCCACGUGUCCCAGCAAGUUUCUGCUGCUGUGGCUUUGCUCAGCCAAAAAGCUGGAGGCCAGCCUCUGUCUCUGGACUCCUUGAAACAAGCCAAGCUACCUCACACCAACAUCCCUUCCGCCGCCAGCUCUGUGUCCCAGGGGCUGACGCCGUUUGCCCUGAAGCCAGAUGGGACACGGGUGCUCCCAAACGUCAUGUCACGCCUUCCCAGUGCUUUGCUACCUCAGGCUCCAGGCUCAGUGCUCUUUCAGAGCCCUUUCUCAACAGUGGCGUUGGAUCCAUCCAAGAAAGGGAAAGGAAAGCCACUGAACAUCUCCGCAGUGGAAGUCAAAUCCAAAGACGAGGCCAGCCUCUUCAAGCACAAGUGUAAGUACUGUAGCAAGGUUUUUGGGACCGAUAGCUCCUUGCAGAUCCACCUCCGCUCCCAUACUGGAGAGAGACCCUUCAUAUGCUCUGUCUGUGGCCACCGGUUCACCACCAAGGGCAACCUCAAGGUGCACUUUCAUCGACAUCCCCAGGUGAAGGCAAACCCCCAGCUGUUUGCUGAGUUCCAGGACAAAAUGGCAGCAGGCAAUGGGAUUCCCUAUGCAGUCUCCGUAUCUGUCCCGGUAGAUGAAUCGAGCAUCUCCCUAGACAGCAAACCUGUCCUUGUACCGGGGACCCCCUCUGCAGGGCUACCUCAAACUCUGCCUUCAGGGACUAACCCCAGAGACCUCAUGGGUGGCCUGUUGCCCAACGACUUGCAGCCUGGGCCUUCGCCAGAAGGUGAGGGUGGAACUACACUACCUGGGGUGGGACCCAACCAUAAUGCCCCAAGGGUUGGUGGCUUCCCAGGGAGUGGGACCCCUGAGCCAGGGUCAGAGACAUUGAAAUUGCAGCAGCUGGUAGAGAACAUUGACAAGGCCACCUCUGACCCCAACGAAUGUCUCAUUUGCCACCGUGUCUUAAGCUGCCAAAGUUCCCUCAAAAUGCAUUACCGCACCCACACCGGGGAGAGACCGUUCCAGUGUAAGAUCUGCGGCCGAGCGUUCUCCACCAAAGGCAAUCUGAAGACACACCUCGGGGUUCACCGAACCAACACAUCCAUCAAGACGCAGCACUCAUGUCCCAUCUGCCAGAAGAAGUUUACCAACGCCGUCAUGUUGCAGCAACAUAUCCGGAUGCACAUGGGUGGUCAGAUUCCCAACACACCCCUGCCUGAGAGCCCCUGUGACUUUACGGGCACCAAGCCGAUGAUGGUCAGUGAGAAUGGCAGCACAGGUGCCAUUUGCCUUGAUGAUGUUGUUGAAAGCAUCGAUGUAGAUGAAGUCAGCUCCCAGGAUGCUCCCAGUAGCUCAUCCAAGGUCGCCAUGUCUCUCCCCAACAUUCACUCAGCAUCACCAACGCUAGGGUUCUCCAUGAUGGCGUCCCUAGAUGCCCCAGGGAAAAUGGGUCAUGCCCCUCUUGGCCUGCAGCGGCAGAGCAGCCGGGAAAACAGUUCGGUGGAGAGUGAUGGCAUGACUAAUGACUCAUCCUCAGUGAUGGAAGACCAGGAGUAUCAGAGCCGAAGUCCAGAAGCCCUGGAAACCACGUCCUUCCAAGCAAUCUCUCCAGCCAACAGCCAGGCAGAAAGCGUCAAGUCCAAGUCUCCUGAUGCUGGAGGCAAAGCAGAGAACGCCGAGGUCAGCCGCAGUGAGACGGAAGGUCGGAGCAGUCUGCCACCAGCGUUCAUCCGAACCCAGCCAGCUUAUGUCAAAGUUGAAGUUCCUGGUGCUUUUGUUGGACCCUCAACCCUGUCCCCAAGCAUGACACCUUUGUUAGCAGUCCAGCCACGCCGGCAGGCCAAGCAACAUGGCUGCACACGCUGUGGGAAGAAUUUCUCAUCCGCCAGUGCCCUUCAGAUUCAUGAGCGCACCCACACAGGAGAGAAGCCUUUUGUGUGCAACGUAUGUGGGCGCGCGUUUACCACCAAAGGCAACUUGAAGGUUCACUAUAUGACACACGGGGCGAACAAUAACUCAGCACGCCGUGGAAGGAAGCUGGCCAUCGAGAACACCAUGGCUUUGUUGGGUACGGAUGGGAAGAGGGUCUCCGAAAUGUUUCCCAAGGAAAUCCGGGCCCCUGCGGUGAACGUGGACCCUGUCGUGUGGAACCAGUACACCGCCAUGCUCAAUGGCGGUUUGGCCCUGAAGACCAACGAGAUCUCGGUGAUCCAGAGUGGCGGGAUCCCUACCCUCCCUGUGUCCCUGGGUGCCAGCUCUGUUGUGAAUAACACCACCACCUCCAAGAUGGAUGGUUCCCAGUCGAGUAUCAGUGCUGAUGUGGAGAAGCCAGUAGCAACCGACAGCGUCCCAACACACCAGUUCCCUCACUUCUUGGAAGAAAACAAGAUUGCGGUCAGCUAAGACAAAGGCAGAAGUCACACUGAAGGAGAAAUGUAGACAAAAGUGAAAAUCUCUAGAAUCUUUUUUUUUUUUUAAUUAACCCACCUCAUCUCCUGUGAUUCUUUUUUGUUUUUUUCUCCUUCCCAACAUGCAAACAUGUUUAUCUUGGUGACCGCAACCGUGGGCAGUCCUUACAAUCACGUUGUUGCUAUGCUGCUUUGCAGAAAACAAAGAAAAAGUUCAUACCAAAACAAAUACAGACUAGUAUUUUUGUGUGUUUUAAUUUUGGAAAGAAGCGGGUCUUGCAAAGUAGCUUUGUUACUUGCGACAAACUUUGUAUAUAAAAUCUUUGUACAACCUAGAGGAACUAUUUCCAAAGACUGUCAGCGCUUUCAAGGUGGAACCCUUCGAA